AUGGAUUCAGGUGACUUCAAAGAUGUUGAAGCACCUCAGAGCGCUGCCCACAAGGAGGUUGUCGAUCAUAUUGACGACAUUGGUGUUCAUACUAAAGAAGACCGGCUUUUGAACGAGGCUGCUAUGGACGCAGAGCUGGUAGUUCUCGAGGAACAGUUUCAACUACAGCCCAAGUCCCGCUUCGAUAUCAACAUCUUUAGCCCUAAGGCAUUCACAUAUGUCCUUGUAGCCUUUGCUUCCAUGGGAGGUUUGCUCUCUGGUAUCGAUCAGUCGCUGAUCAGUGGUGCAAAUAUCGAUCUCCCAGCAGACCUCGGCCUUUCUUCUUCGCAAAGCAGUUUGGUCGAUGCCGGUAUGCCCCUCGGUGCCGUACUCGGUGCCCUCAUCCUUUCUCCAUGCAACGAGUACCUAGGUCGCCGCAUGUCUAUCAUUGUUUCAUGUAUCUUCUACACCAUAGGUGCUGGCUUGCAGGCUGGUGCCAUCAACUUUGGAAUGAUCCUUGCUGGGCGUCUAGUGUUAGGAGUUGGUGUAGGCUUGGAGGGAGGUACUGUCCCUGUAUACGUUGCUGAGUGUGUGCCUAGUCGCAUCCGUGGCAACCUGGUCGCAGCAUACCAGCUCAAUAUUGCAUUGGGAGAAGUCCUUGGAUAUGCCGUGGCCGCUAUGUUCUUCGAUGUCAAGGGUAACUGGCGCUACAUCCUCGGUUCAUCACUCGUCUUCUCCACCAUCCUGCUCGUUGGCAUGUUUUUCCUGCCCGAGAGCCCCCGUUACCUGAUGCUCAAGCAGAAGGAAAUUGCCGCUUACGGUGUAUGGAAACGCAUCCGCGGCUUCGACGACAUUGACGCCAAGGAUGAGUUCCUGGGUAUGCGCCAGGCAGUCACAGCCGAGGCUGAAGAGCAGGCCCAGACUAAGAAGUACCCCUGGAUGGACUUCUUCACCAACCCCCGUGCCCGUCGUGCUCUUGUUUACGCCAACAUUAUGAUCUUCCUCGGCCAGUUCACUGGUGUCAACGCCAUUAUGUACUACAUGUCUACCCUCAUGGGAGCCAUUGGCUUUGAUAAGAAGACCUCCGUCUUCAUGUCUCUCGUCGGUGGUGGCUCCCUGCUCAUCGGAACUAUUCCCGCCGUCUUGUACAUGGAGCGCUUCGGUCGCCGCUACUGGGCUAACGCCAUGCUGCCUGGCUUCUUUAUCGGUCUCGUUCUUGUCGGUGCGGGUUACACCAUCGACUACGAAACCUACCCUGCCGCGGCUGAGGGUGUCUACCUGACUGGUAUCGUCCUAUACAUGGGCUUCUUCGGCUCCUACGCCUGCUUGACCUGGGUCGUUCCCUCCGAGGUCUUCCCCACCUACCUGCGUCACUACGGCAUGACUACCACCGAUGCCAACCUCUUCCUGUGCUCGUUCAUCGUCACCUACAACUUCACACGGAUGAUGGACUCCAUGACCCGUAUUGGCCUAACUCUCGGGUUCUACGGUGGUAUCGCCGUGCUUGGCUGGUUCUACCAGAUUGUCUUCAUGCCUGAGACAAAGAACAAGUCUCUAGAAGAAAUUAACGACCUCUUCGAGCAACCCACUUCUGUUAUUGUCAAGCAGAACCUUAAGCAGACCUCCCAGGUUAUCAAGGAUCUGUCUUGCUUCAGAUUCCGCAAGGUCUUCUCACCUGAGCCUUACAAAUGA